AUGUCAGGAUCUGAGAGUCCAGAGAACUCCGAGCUGGUCUCCGCCAUCAAAGACCAAGUGGAAGAAUGGUCGACCAGUAGUAACGAUGCGCUUCACAUCUCGCUCUACCGCGGCGACAAGGUCGUGUCAGAGGUCGAACCAGCUUUUACAUAUCCCAUAUUCGGCGAGGAAGAGGUUGUCUUUGGCUAUCGUGGAUUGGACAUGUCGCUGUCCCUGGCUGCACACAACCUGAGACCACACAUGAGCAUCUCCUGGACAGAGCAGUUCCCCCAGUUAGGCGAUAUCAAGGCCUCCGAUAUCCGUGGAGCUCUACGAGACUUUGUCCCCGAAUCAGCCUUUGCUACCGAGUCACGAGCUGAAGCUCUCGCCGAUUCCGACGCCAAUUCUUUCAGACCUCCAGGCACACUUCUGCAUUCCUACACACACGAAGACCAAACCUUUGAAAUCUGGAAGGCCUCCUUGGCUGACGACGGAGCCAAGGAAAUCAUGCAAAACGCCCAAAUACUGGUCCCUAUGUUCAUCGAAGGAGGCACUAUCCUUGAACUCGAUGAGCCCUGGGUCGCAGCCCGCUGGACCCUCUUCAUGCUCUACCAGGUCGACCAGAAGCAGACAGAUACUUCGCCAUACACAUUUGUCGGUUUCUCAACAUCAUACCGCGUGUUCACAUUGCCUGAUCGCCAGGCAUUUGCAAAGAGCGAUCACGUUGUGCCCCAACGCAGUGAAUCAGACAUGGAUGCGAUCCUCCGCCGAUGGAACCCGGACACCAUGGACGAGGACACAGAAGAUGUCAAGUCUCCCCUGCAACUACCAAGCCGCGAACGCAUCUCACAAUUCUUGAUUAUACCAACCCAUCAAGGAUCUGGACAUGGCGCUAGACUUUACAACACCGUCUUCACCAAUCUCAUCACUCCCGAUAACAUCUACGAGCUGACAGUCGAGGACCCGAAUGAGGCUUUUGACGACAUGCGCGACAUCUGCGACUUGCUUUGGCUUCGCAAGAACAGUGAUGAUUUCGCUUCCUUGAAGAUCGAAACUCAGAUUGACAGCGCGAAGCUCAAGAUGAACGAGAAGAUCCCAGUUGACGACAUUGUCUCGGGCGAUGCUAAAGCUCGCAUCAAGAAGACAAGCAAGAUCAUGCCUCGCCAACUAGGAAGGCUGAUUGAGAUGGAGACAUAUUCAAAGAUACCCAAAUUGAACCGAUCGGUCAAUCGCAUCACGAGGAAGGAGAAGAGCACCAACGAGAUGGAUCGUGCUUACUACCUCUGGCGGCUGUACGUCAAACAACGCCUCAUGAUUGCCAACCUCGACACACUCGCACAACUUGACCGCGAAGAGCGUAUUGAGAGACUGGAAGCAACCGUCGAGAACAUUCAAGUAGACUACGAUCGCCUCCUCGAGCUUGCCCGAAAGCGCGCUCGCUCCCUUGACAGCCAAGCCGGAAGUACGCACAGCAGUUCGAAACGCAAGAAGAAGGUCGUUGUUGAAUCCGACGAAGGAGAAGAUGAUGCAGAGGCCGGCGAUGUGGCACCUGUGUCUUCCAAGAAGAAGAGAAAGAUUACCUAG